AUUGUGAAAUCAUAUGAUAAAGAUAAACAGAGUGAUUUAUCAAAGAGUUAAAUUGUUAUGUGUUUUUGUGUUUAAUUAUGUUAUCCUUCAUUCCAUUCCGACUAUUAUUAUUAAUCGCAAUCUUCAUUAUCUCGCUAUUAUGGCUUUACUUUCUUUCCAUCAAUGUACCUUCUCUUAAUCAAAGGGAAACAGAGGAACCUGAAAUUGAGUCACAUCUCAAAUUCCCAAGCAAUUUAGAGGAAUUACAAAAGGUUUCCCAAAUACUCGGAGACUAUUUUCAGCACAAUAAAUCCUACGUUUUACUGUUAUUUUCAUCAGCAUACCUUUUCAAGCAAACCUUUGCCAUUCCAGGUUCAGUUUUUAUGAAUCUUUUGUCAGGAGCAUUGUUUGGAUUAAAGGCUGGUUUCACGCUUGCUUGCCUUUUAACAGCAACUGGAGCAACAUUUUGUUACCUUUUAUCAAAUUUUUGUGGCAAAUCAUGGAUUUCGAGGCAAUUUUCAAGACAAUUAACUGUAUUACGGCGUAAAGUGGAAGAUAAUCGUUCUUCAUUAAUCUAUUAUCUUCUGUUUCUUCGACUCUUUCCAAUGACUCCGAAUUGGUUCCUCAACAUCGCCUCCCCAAUAAUUGGAAUACCUUUGCAUCUCUUCUUCAUCUCUGUUUUCAUCGGUUUAAUGCCUUACAACUUUAUCUGUGUUCAAACGGGUUGCUUGCUCUCAACAUUGAAAUCCAUGGAUGAUGUAUUCACUUGGAGCACCUUAUUGACUCUGAUGGGAAUCGCUUUUGUGGCCCUUAUUCCUGGUCUGUUGAGUAGAAAGUUGUCUAAAUCAAAGUCUCGAGAAACUUUGAACUCAACGAUUUCAAGCUAAACAGUAAAUAAUCACACUUAUGGAGUACAAAACUGUUUAAUCCUCAAACUUUUAUACAUUUGAUUCCAUAUCGUUUAGUCAACACCAAAGAAUAAAUUAGCACCAAUAAAUUGUAAAAUUUGAGUUUUCUUUUUGUACUAACAAGAAAGAAUGUCAAAAGUUUCUUCUUGUAAAUGCUUCUUGCUUUUGUACUUUUCUUUUCGUCUCGAGCUGGCCUGAAUUGGAAUUUAACUGUGAAGAAGGGUUCAUUUUAGUCGAUAAAACUUUUAUCUCUAAACUCUUCUUAACUCUUUUGUACAGUUAUUUGCUUACAAAUGCAUUUGCAAAAUUCUGGUUCCAAAGGGCUUUGAAUGUACAGCUGAACUGUCUGUGAGAUAAUAAAAAUUCAUUCAUGGUAAA